UUAUUUGAUGGCAAUGCAAGUACAUUGUAUGAAUAAUUCAUCUUACAGCUUGAAAGAUAUUCAUCACUUUUCAAGAUCUUUUUGUCAAGAACUUUUUCUUUUUAACGUUUUUUGUAGAGAGAGUAUUAACAACGGCGACCGUCUGUGCUUUUGCAUUAAAAAAAAAAAAGAUUAUCCAAGUGAAGGUACACGUGCGUCUCUUUUUUGCGCGCCGAAGCCCACAAUCGUUGAAUUAUCGCAGCAAUUUAGCUUACGUCGUCGCGCAUUUUUUUUUGUAAAAUGCGUAAUUGCAAUUGAUCGUUACUCGCACAAACGCAGCGCAUUUACUCUGUAAAAUUGCUCUACCUUCUCUGUGACGUCGUGGAGGGGAGUACACUAUGGAGCUAGAUCGAAAGACUCGAUUGUUUUCUUUGCGACACCGCGUCUCCUACAGUCGUUAUUCACCUCGUUGGAAGGGGACGGCGUGUACGGUGUAGUCUCUUGGAGUGAGAUGGUUCAAUGUGACGUUGCACUCUACGAUGUUGAGAAGUACUGUAAGCUCGUUGUUGAGGAUCGGUUUCAGUUUGAUCGGCCUGGCGUGUCAUACCGGACGUUUUACUGGCUCUUUUCAUGAUGACUAUUGUCGUAAUGCAGUACUUUCAAUACUCCAUUGUCUACGCGUACCUCAAGGAAACCUGACCAAGCUGAUGGAUGACCUGUAGGUCUAUUCUGUAACUCUUAACGACAGUAUCGAUAUCGUUACAUUGUCGUUGCGCACAUAUUAUAUAUGACAAAAAAGAUGCGCAACGACAAUAUAACGAUACCGAACUGUCGUUAAGAGUUACAGAAUAGGCCUACUAGGCCUCACUUUGGAUUACACCCUGACGAUAUUCAAAUUAAUCAGCCUUUGGUUUAACCGCCGGUCAGUCUUCCGAUUACUUGGUAGAUGAUCUGUUGAUCUUGAUGCCUCUCUGAGCAAUCUAAGAGACACAAAUCGAUAAUUGGUUAUAGGAUAUUUGCAGAUAUUUUGAUCACUAUGAACGAUUGGAAGGACUGUGGGAGCAAAUUUCGCGAAUGCGUGAUGAUAUGGACAAAGUUAAUUUGGCGCAUCGUUGUUCCAACGUCAUGAUAUCCAUCAAUGCUGUAAUAAUUUCGUCUUUAUAUAUCAUCGACAGAUACACACGUGGACGUGCGUUUUCUAAAAAUGGGCAAUUGCACGAAUUUCAAAUACAGAUACAAUUUCCUUUGAGGUUCAAGAAACGCCCAUUUACAAGUUUGUUUUCGUGGGAUUGUUUUUUCAUGUGUUAGAAACGACAAUCAUAAUAGCGAUGCCGAACGCUUUGAUCUUAACGUUGGUACACGUGAGCGAACAAAUCGAUAUCAUGUGCCAAGAGUUAAAAGAGAUUUGUUCCAUGUCCAAAUCUAGCUUGGUAUCCACUAAGUCACUCGUCACAAGACAUCAGAAGAUCAUAUCGUUGUCAAAGAACGUUGAAAGCUUUUUUUCAUUCGUUGCUUUAUUGCAAUUCAUAUGGAAUACUUUUGUUAUAUGCGCCUUAGGAUUCAUGGUUCUAAUAGUGAGUAAGAUUGCUUCAGCUACAAACUGCCUGUCACGUUUCUAGAAUCUAAAGAAUAAAAUACAUUUUAAAAAUAUGUGUAAU